ACCCACCACAACCAUUGAAAAAAAUUCAAAAUCCCCAUUUUGCCCCUCCCUUGAUCAUCAAACAAACACAUAAUAAAACAAAGUCUCCCAAACAAAAAAAUAACAUGUCAGGGGUGUGGAUGUUCAACAAGGGGGUUGUCCGGCUGGUGGAGAACCCGGCAGGGGCGGGGGGCGGAGCGGGGAGGAACAAGGCGCUGGUGCAUUUGCCCACGGGGGCGGCGGUGAGAUCGUAUGUGGAACUGGAGGAGAUCUUGAAGGGGUUGGGGUGGGAGAGGUACCACGAAGGCGACAACCCCGACAUGCUCCUCCAGUUCCACAAACGAUCCUCCAUUGAUCUCAUCUCCCUCCCCCGCGACUUCGCCAAAUUUAACUCCGUUUACAUGUACGACAUCGUCGUCAAAACUCCCAACGUCUUCCACGUUCGCGACGUUUGAUGAUUGCUUUCAUUUUACGGUGGUGGGAUGAGUUGAGAUGAUCGACCCUCCGGCCACCGGCGCGGUGGUUGGUUGGGAAGUAGGGGACGUACUGGUUAUUAUUAUUACUAUGUUGUUGUUAAUUAGUUAGCCAUUGGUAAUUAAUUACGGAGUAUUCUAUUUCUUCUAUUUUAAGUGAUCAUUUUCAUUUGAAAUAUUUGUACUAAAUACCACUAAAACUUUAGUCAUUUC